AUGGCGUUUCGCUCCACCGAGCUGCUCGAGAAACACAAAGCGCUGCUCUGCAUUGGGAACGAGGUCGGACGCCUUCGUGCGCGAAGACGCCGCUCUGAACUUCCAAUGAGAGACGGACCCGAAGGCCGGGACCCAGAACAGACCAGAACCUCCGAUCCCAUCGAGAAAGGGAAGCAGUGGCAAAUGCUGCGCGUGCAGCUGAGAGGUCAACGGAGGAACAUCGCCAGCUGGAGAAGCGUCGACGACGAACCAAAGCCCGCGAGAGCGGAGGACGUACCGGCCAGUAACACAGGGGGCGCUGUUCUGCAAGACCUCACACAAGAGACGAGUGAGCGUCAGCUGGCUCCCAACGAGAGACCGGAAGAGGUGAGGGAAAUGUCGACGCUCCACCAGCACCAACUGGCCCGGAUUCGUGCUCACAACCGGGAGCUGGAGCAGCAGAGAGACGAGCUGGCCCAUCAGAUGAGUGUUCUGUCCGAGCAGAGUCUGUGGAUGGAGCCCAGGGAGAACGAGGAGAGGCCGCAACGCCCCUCUGCACAUCAGGGUGACAGCGUGUCAGUGGUCAGCAGUGAGGAAGAGGUCUGGGUACCAGAUCCAUGCGAGAAUAAAAAGAUCCACCAUGACAGCCACGGUCCUCUCUCCACCCAGAUAAAGGCCCUGUGGCGAGCGUACUCGCGGUCAGGCGGGUCCGAUCCAGACAUCGUGGCACAGAUGAUGGACCUGCAGGCGGAAGCACAAAGUCUGGAGGAAAACCCACCGGCUCCAUCAGAGGGGUCUCCUCCUCCUUGGUGGAGUCCGAGCAGGAGGAGGCGGCUGCUGGUUCUGGAGCAGGAGAACCAGAGACUCGAGGAGGAGAUUCUCAGGAUCCAGCUGGCCCGGCAGCGACACAACGCACACGACGAAUAAGGGUGGUGCUCUCCUGCAGCAGUGAGGACUGAGCUUGAGCUGAUUCAGAUGGAAAGAAGCCGAGGGACCCCUCCCCCCCUCCCUCCCCUCUAAGACGCCUAUCGGACCUCUCAGACUCUCUGGAUCCGACCCCCCUGCAGUUAUAAUCACCACGCCGUACUGCAUUUGAGUUUCUGCGCUCACAAACUUGACUAUCAUGUUAAAUCAUAAUUCCAGAGACUCUGAGCUCCUUUAAAUCCAGAUUGAAGACUCGUUUGCUGCCGUGGCCUUGAAAAUUAAACCAGAUUCAAGGAUAUCAAAUUCUGACUGAGUUUUAGUCAAAGUUCUUAAAUCUCAUUUUAUUUUUGAGUUACGUUUUGAUGCUUUUAUAUGAAGCACUUUGAAUUGCUUUACAAAUAAACAUCCCUUACUGGUCCGUCAACGUUUCAGCCAACGUCGUGAAAUUAAACGUCUCGGUGUUUCAGA